GCCUGCUUUUGCAUUGACACACAUUGCUUCCUGCUCACGCGAAGGAAAUCAAUAGUAGAAAAGUUGAAAUUUUAACUCUACAUCUGCAGCACAGAUGCCGCUGACGUCACAGAAGUCAAAAUGAUACACUGUAUCCGCAGCGCGCUGCUCGCGCUUUUAUUUGUUACAUUGUUGCGGUCGGUCUGCAGCGACUUUCAGACUCUCGCGCAUCUGAGAGCGAAAGCCAGCGAUAAAACCCAGUCCAGAGCUGUGGUGGAUCUGCUCCGGAGACUGCUGGGAAACAGAUCUCGGGAUUUUAUCGUGUCAGUGAACAGGACUCUGUCUAAUGACACUUUAGACGUGUGUGAACUGCGAUCCGCGAAGAACAACAAGAUCCUAGCGGUGGGCAGCACGGGGGUCGCGGUGGCCACCGGUAUAUACAACUAUCUCAAAUACUUCUGCAACUGUCAUGUGUCCUGGUCUGGAGAUCAGUUAAAUAUCCCCCGACCCCUGCCUCCUCUCACCGGCGUCCUGCGCAUCAACACCCCGCACAGGUUCAGGUACUAUCAGAACGUGUGUACCCAGAGUUACUCCUCCGUGUGGUGGGAUUGGCCCAGAUGGCAAAGGGAGAUUGAUUGGAUGGCACUGAAUGGCAUAAAUCUUCCUCUGGCGUUCACUGGACAGGAGGUGCUAUGGCAGGAGGUUUAUCUGUCUCUCGGUCUGAAUCAGACCGAGCUGGAUUACUUCUUCACAGGUCCAGCUUUCUUAGCGUGGAAUCGCAUGGGAAACCUGUUUCAGUGGGGAGGACCUCUUCCUCAGUCUUGGCAUGUCAAACAGCUCUACUUGCAGUUUAAAAUCCUGGACCGCAUGAGAUCUUUUGGGAUGAUACCUGUAUUGCCUGCUUUUUCAGGAAUUGUACCUGAAGGUAUUACCAGGUUGUUUCCCCAAGCAAAUGUGACCAAGCUGAACCCCUGGAGCCAUUUUAACUGCACCUACUCCUGCGCCUAUGUGCUUGACCCACGUGACCCGCUCUUCCAGCGAAUAGGAGCGCUCUUUUUGACCCAGGUCAUUAAGGAGUUUGGAACAGACCACAUUUACAACACAGACACCUUUAAUGAAAUGGCCCCAGCCUCUUCGGACCCCACUUACCUGGCGUCUAUCAGCCGUGCCAUUUUCAAUACUAUGACUUCAGUGGACCCUCAAGCAAUUUGGCUGAUGCAAGGCUGGUUAUUUAUUAGUGACCCUUCGUUCUGGAAACCAGACCAGGUCAAGGCCCUGUUACACGGAGUCCCCCUGGGGCGCAUGAUUGUCCUGGAUCUCUUUGCUGAAUCCAUGCCUGUCUACUCUUCCACAAACUCCUUCUACGGACAGCCAUUUAUCUGGUGCAUGCUGCACAACUUUGGAGGGAACAGUGGUCUGUUUGGAACGGUGGAGAGCAUAAAUUCCGGCCCCUUCGAUGCCAUCCGCUUUCCGAAUUCAACUCUAGUGGGAUUGGGUUUGACCCCUGAAGGCAUCGAACAGAAUCCAGUCAUUUAUGAACUUAUGAGCGAACUGGCCUGGCGCAAAGAACCCGUCAACCUUUCCAAGUGGGUGUCGCUGUACGCCUUGCGGCGCUAUGGUAGUAUGGAUGAGAAUCUGACGGCGGCCUGGCAGCUCUUGUUUCAUAGUGUGUACAACUGCACUCUUCCUCAAUACAAGAACCACAACCGGAGUCCGUUGGUACAUCGGCCGUCCCUGCAUAUGCAAACGGACAUUUGGUAUGAACCGGCUGACUUCUACAAGGCGUGGAAGCUUCUGUUCGAAGCCGCGCCAGGGUUAGCGACUCUGGAAACCUUCCGGUAUGAUCUUGUGGAUGUGACGCGUCAAGCACUUCAGCUUCUUACAACUGAGUUCUACAAGGAAAUACGGAAUGCUUUCCAGGCUCAAAAGCUUCCCGACCUUCUAACUGCUGGUGGCGUGCUUGUCUACGAUGUCUUACCUGAACUGGACCGCCUCCUUUCCAGCAACGAACACUUCCUUUUGGGAGUCUGGCUUGAGCAGGCUCAGUCUCAGGGUGUGGAUGAGCACGAGGCACAGCUGUAUGAUAUCAACGCACGAAAUCAGAUCACCCUUUGGGGACCCGAUGGGGAAAUCUUGGACUACGCCAGCAAGGAGUGGGGUGGUCUAGUGGAAGACUAUUAUUUACAGCGCUGGGGCUUGUUUGUUAAUACACUAGUGGAGUGUCUGGACAGAGGAAGACCCUUCAAACAAGACGUCUUCAACCAGGCCGUGUUCCAGGUUGAGAAAGGGUUUGUCUACAACCAGAGGAAAUAUCCCUCCAAGCCACUAGGGGACACAUAUGAGAUUGCACGACGGAUCUUCCUCAAAUACUACCCAUAUGCCCUGAAAAGGCUAAAAUGAAGGGAACCAUAAAUUGUUUAAUACGGUGGCCGACAAUGGUCAAAAAAACAGCUUGCGUUUUAUUUAUCUCCUCACUUUUCUUUUAAAAUAAUGGCCAAACUAUCACGGGAGACUACUUGUAGAAACUUCUAAAUGGUUUAUAUAUCAGAUACUGAGGUUUACUGCAUUACGAAUGUGUUUUUGCGAAAAGCAAAGUGUUUUAAGUAUUGAAGCCUUCAACAAGUAAAUAAAUGCAAGUAUGCAAUCUAGCAAGCUCAAUAAAUGUAAGGACACUUUACAUUGUCAGUAAGGGGUGCGAUAGCAGGCAUUAGCAAUUUCAGGAAAACACUUGUGGAAAAUCUUGCUGAGAAAAUUUGUUAAUUUUAUCGCCCCCUUGAGUAUUGUUAUUAUUAAUGGUCUUGCAAUGAGUUUGCCAAGUUCUAUCUGCAUUUUUUUUUUUUUCAGGUUUCUGCUGAUGUUCCAGGUUUUUAUGUAUGUCAGUUAUACUGUAUAUACUUAAUCUAUUUUUUCCACACCUAAAUUGUGUGAAAUGGGGUAAAAAUGUCUUAUAGAUGCAGCACGAAGACAUUGUUGUAACUUUUCUGUUUUGUAAUAUUACAAGAAACUGGGUCAUUGCCCCAGUCUAGACCUGCCAGACAAAACACUGCUGCAAAAGUUGCAGAACAUUGUUUUUUGUGUUUUUGUAUUCACAAACUGAAUGCAAAAAUAUCUUUGAAAUGAUCCUGUGAAUCAUUGAAAGUUUAUUAUGGUACUAAGAUUGAGUAGUUUAAAUGUUUUUAGAGCUUAUGGACUUUUAGUCAGAUUUUCAGUCUACAGUUUCUUGUUAGUUAUUUUAGUUAACCAGCACAGACAAGAUGAGAGUCAUUAAGACCUUGUAAAACAGAAGUUGCUGAAAUUGAAAGUUAUUUUUGUAUUUUUGUCAAAUAAAAGCUGUACUUUUCA